AAUGUGGGAGGAUGGAGACCUCGAAGACACUUCCGGCGUGUUUUUCGCUCGUGCGGGCGGGUACUCGUGGCCUUUGCCAUGGAGGAGCUACGGUUGCUGCCGAGACACGCUCGAGAUUUUGCUUCGUCGGAGUAUUGGGAGCGGUUCUUUCGGGAGCGAGGCGAACGCGCCUUUGAGUGGUAUGGAGAGUGGCCAGGACUCCGAUCGACUUUGGGGCGGUACCUGCGCCCUAGGGACUCGAUUCUUGUUGUUGGCUGUGGCAAUUCAGAAUUAAGCGAGCAGCUCUAUGAUGAAGGGUAUCACAAUAUCAUCAGUGUGGACAUUAAUGAGCUGGUUGUCAAGCAGAUGCAGGAACGUAGCACACAUCUGAGACCCAAAAUGGCUUACAUGGUCAUGGAUGUACUGCAAAUGGAUUUCCCGGAUGGGCAUUUCCAGGUGGUGUUUGACAAAGGAACUCUUGAUGCCCUCCUGACUGAUGGAGAAGAAACCACUCUGAAACAAGCAGAAAGAAUGUUUGCUGAAAUUGGCCGUGUCCUGCAGUUUGGGGGGCGUUACCUGUGUGUCUCCUUGGCACAGGCACAUGUAUUAAAGGCAGCUGUGGAAUAUUUCUCUCAGGAAGGUUGGAUGGUUCGAAUACACCAAGUGUCUGGCCAGGCAGCCGGCACUUCAGAGCAAAAAUUUGCUUUGCCUGUCUUUGUUUAUGUUAUGACAAAGAUCAGGCUGGUCCCAGGCUCUGCUUUAUGCAUUUUGGAGCUGUGUACAGAAGCACAAGAGAAGCCUGCCCGGUUCAAGAACAGUGAGCAUCUGAUCGAUGCAGUGAAGGAGAGGCAGCACUACUCUCUGCUGCGGAGCCAACUCAAUAAGAACUCCGGUGUAGGGACAAUCUCUUUGGAUCUCUGCAGCAAAGACACUGGCCAGGCCCGGUAUACUUUAUAUGUAGUGCAUAGCCCAAAGGUGAAAGUGUCACGUGACAAACAAUUUGCCAUCUUUAUCAUACCACAGGGCAGAGAAACUGAGUGGCUCUUUGGUACAGAGGAAGGACGGAAGCAGUUGGCUAUGAGUGCAGGAUUCUGGCGUCUGGUAACUGUGGCCUUGCAUAGAAAUCAACACUAUGACAAUAUGGGAGCCAUCCAGGCAGAGCUGUCAGAAAAGGUGAUGGAACUGGCCCCCCUUGGUCUUCCAGCCCAGCAGCAGGUGCCCUUUCUGUCUGUGGAUGGAGACAUUGGGAUCCGUACCAUCCAGCAUCAUGAUACUAGUCCUUUUAGUGGGGAAUAUGUUAUUGAGGAUGUGAAAGGAGAUGAUGCCUGCUAUUUCCGCCGCCUUAUCUUCCUCAGCAACAGGAAUGUAGUGCAGUCAGAAGCAAGACUUUCAUCCAGGGUAUCCCACAAAGGUAAUAAGCAGAAACAAAAGCAGAAGAAGAAAGCGGCCUCCAGAGACCAUUUCAAACCUGAUGCUGAAGCAGGCAAUCAGGCCAUUGACAAAAGCUACUUGUGUUGCGCUCACCACAGAGCUAUGGUUGCAGGACUAUGUCUGCUGAAAAGCCCUGAACACCUUCCAAAGGCCCAGAUCCACAUGCUAGUGAUUGGCCUGGGUGGUGGCAGCCUUCCCCUCUUCCUCCAUGACCACUUCUUACAGUGCUAUAUUGAUGUAGUAGAGAUUGACUCUGCCAUGCUGAAAGUGGCUACGCGCUGGUUUGGUUUCUCACCAGGAGACAGACUCAAAGUCCACAUUGCAGAUGGCUUAGUUUAUGUUACCAGUCUUACAGAGGAAGCUUCAUCAUCUUAUGAUGUAAUAAUGUUUGAUGUGGACAGCAAGGACUCAUCUUUGGGAAUAAGUUGUCCACCACCAGCCUUUGUGGAGAAAACUUUUCUUCAGAAAGUGAGGACCCUUUUGAAAACAGAAGGCAUUUUUAUUCUCAAUCUGGUGUGUCGAGACUCCUUACUUCAAGAGUCUGUUUUGGCUGCCCUCAAAGAGACUUUCCCUUUACUUUAUACCCGGAAGAUUGAAGGGGAGGUAAAUGAGAUCAUCUUUUGCCAACAGCAGGACAAACUCAAAUUAUCUCCCAGAGACCUGCAACAGAAAGCUCAGAUUUUGGAGAAGGCACUGCGGCAACCUGGGCAAGAAUGGGAUAGCACUUAUGUCCUGGCAGAUAUGCUAGAAACAAUAAGACUGCUUUGAGGACCUAUGUAUUCCUUGUCACAGCUGGAGUUGGAGAGAAGAAAUACAGUCCACUACAUUCUGAGGGUACUGUGUUAUACCAGUUGCACGUCCAUAUUUGCAUACUGGACAGUGAUUGGCCAUCAGCAGAAAAGUGGGAGGAAUAGAAAAUGCCCAUUCUUUUAUGACUGAAUUGGAAACCCUUUCAUAGAGAGAUUUUGAUUUUGAGAUGAGGAGAUGCCAUAAAAUGCUUCUCUGGAGCAAAUCCUUGCUUUAGAUUUGCCUGUUUUGUGUGGUAACAUCGGCUGCAGACGAAGAAUACCCCUUUGUUUAAAAUCUUUAAAAGCUUCUGUUUUAUAUUUCAUUACAAAUAUAAGGUAAAGCGAAAAAGAAAGUGGAAUUUCAGAAACUGAUAUUUCUGAAUACAAGAUGGAUCAUAGUAUUUAUAAAAAAGAAAGAACAACCGAUGAAGUAGAUCACUAUUUCAGUUUUAUAGGAAAGUGCAAUAUUUGAGAGAAUCCCUUUGAAAGUCUAUCUUGUAUACAAAGAUGUUUGAGUUUGUUCCAGUGACACUGUCUCUUGCACCAUACUUGUGAAUGCCUUUCGGACACUUUUAUGGGAUAAGGGCGAAGCCCUUAGAAAGUAGAAUUCUCUAGUUAUAUUUUGCAUCAUCGUCUGAGACACCACUGUCCAGACAGAAGCUUCCCUCUAUUGUUUCUGGGCCUCUGUGACAUGAUCUAUUGUGUAAUUUGUAAAGCAAGAAUUGAUGACUUAGGAAACAUGGAGGAGGAGCAAAAAAAUUCUGAAAGCUGCCAAAAUUGUAACAAAGGAAAAUAUAGUAUAGCCAGGCUUUACAUUAAAGAAUAAAAGGAAGAAAAAAGUUUAUCAAGAUAAAAUUUAUUUUAUCUGUAUGCUUCACAGUCACUUCAAAGUGGCUGUGGCUGGCUUAUGAAAAUGUAGAAUUAAAUUAAUACACUCACAAUUUUGAACUGCCUUAAAUUAGGUAUCAAGCAAGGUCACUGUGACAUAGUGCAUGCUUUUACUUAAGGUAGAGUCAAAGAGCGUGGGCGCAAUGAAAAAGUGUUAUUUGGCUUGCCAAAGCAGCUCUUCUUGGCUAGUAAGAUGGUGUUAGAUCUUGUUCAGCUUGUCAGAAAAAUAAAUGCCUGGUUUUUAUUCUUCA